AUGAAGGUCUUUGUCUGCUUGUUGGCUUCCCUUGCCCUGGUUAAUGCUGGUGGCUUCCGCGGCGGUGCUGGCGGUGGCGGCGGCGGUGGCUAUCUGCCCGGCGGUGGACGCGGCGGCAGUGGUCAUGGCGGUGGCUUUGGCGGUCGUCCUGCCAUCGGAGCUGGCCUGAUCUCCCACGUCUCGCAGUCGCAGGGCAACACCAAGGUCCAUAUUGGCGGCGGUGCAGCCGGUGGUGGCGGUGCCUAUGGAGGUGGCGGUGCUGGCUUUGGUGGCGGUGCUGCCUCCUAUGGCGGUGGUGCUGGCUCUUAUGGAGGCGGACGCGGUGCCGGUGGCUGGCAGGGAGCUGGACGUGGCGCUGGAGGAGCUGGAGGCUGGCAGGGAGCCGGUGGUGCUGGCGGAGCUGGUGGCUGGCAGGGAGGAGCUGGAGGUGCCGGAGGCUGGCAGGGAGGCGCUGGCGGAGCCGGUGGCAAUGCCUGGGGCAAUCCUGCCGAAUUUGAUUAUACUGUGAACCAUGCUUCUGGCGGUGCCGGUGGUGCCUAUGGCGGUGGUCGUGGUGGUGCUGGUGGUGCUGGUGGCGCCUAUGGUGGUGGCUCCCGCGGCGGUGCUGGCUGGUGGAACGAUUAA